AUGUGUGUUGGUGUUAGUAAACGUCUAAUUCAAUUAGCAUCUGAACGAGCUAUUCAACGUGAAUCUUUUAGUCGUAAAUUAAUGGAUCAAGGUUUAAUUCAAAAACGUCUAUUCCAUAUGGAAAUCGAUACAUAUACAAUGGAAUCAAUGACAUAUUUAACAAGUGGUAUACUUGAUUCAUUUUCAAUGCCAGUUAUAUCAAUUGAAUCAGCAUUAACAAAAAUUUUUGCUACAGAUCGUUUAUAUCGUAUAGCAAAUGAUUGUCUUGAAAUAUUUGGUGUUGAAGGUAUUGAAAUUGGUCAUCCAGUUGAACAAUAUCUUCGUGAUAUACGUCCAUGGUCAAUGUUUGAUGUACCAAAUGAUGUUUUACGUUUAUUAACUGCAUGGGAAGGUGUUAUGAGUGUUAGUACAGUUAUUCAUGAUUUUGUACGAAAAAUUCGAAAUCCAAUACAUUUUCCUGGAACUAAAUUACGACAUUUAUUAACUGGUUGGACUUCCCAAGCACAAGCAAUGCGUGCACCAUUUACUUUUAAACAUGAUCUAUGGGAAAAAGUUCAUCCAUCUUUAGGUAUUCCAGCAAAAGAUUUAGAAUAUGCUGUAUUUGUUUUACGAAAUGUAACUAAAGAAACAUUAACAAAAUCUGGUCGUGAUAUAAUUGAUAAUCAGUUAUAUUUAAGACGUCUAUCUGAAAUAGUGAUGGAAAUCUUUGCAAUGACAGCAAUGUUAGGUCGUUCAUCACGUGCAUAUUCAAUUGGUUUAAAAAAUUGUGAACAUGAAACUGAAAUGACUUUUCUUUAUUGUAAACAUGCACGUUUAAGAAUUGAUAAAUUAGCUAAAGAAAUUCAUGAACAUGGUUUUAAAACAGGUGAUGAACAUUUACAACAUUUAGCUAAACGAAUGUUAAUAGCUAAAGGUUAUCCAAUAACAACACCAUUGGAACGAACAUAUUAA